AUGGUACGCGCUGUUUGCGUUCUGGCAUUGAUAUUCCUCGCCCUCGCUCCAGCCGAGUCUGCUCGAACGCUACAGCAUGCAGGCCAGCAAGCUCCGCUAAUUCAGGGUAAAGCCCUUGGAAGCGGUUUUCAGGGUCGAUUUUCAACGGGAGGUCCGCAUUCACAACAUGGUCGUCAGGCUCCAGUGUCAACUCCCCCCAAAGUCAGUAACAAAGCGCAUCUGGUCAGAGUUGGGAAGAAGGAGGAGUUGACAGUCGCACUUGAGCGGCCAUACGAAGCCUUGUUCGGCCAAGUAGGCGUCAACAAGCACAACUAUCGCAAUGGUGUAUAUACGAGCCUGAAGGAAUUUCAUUCGACUGUAUCACAGGACUAG